AAACUUAUAUUUCUUUACCGAAAAAACAAUGGUGAUCGAGGCCUAAUAGUAAUAAGGUAACUUAGAUCACAUACUGCUUUUUGGAUGAAAAUAUCACAAACCGUUUUGGCAUUAGCUGAUCCCAUAAGCAACGAAUCCUCUGAUUCCGCCAAUGCCAUUAAACCUGGGUGAGCCCAAACCGUCUCUGUCUUUCCUCCUCUCCCGCUCCCGAUCAUAUCCUCCAUCAGCCCCAAAACAUUAAGCUUUGACGACUCUUAUCUCACUCUCUCUGUGCUCCUUCGCCAUGGCUCCCGAAAUCCAGGACCUGGAGAAGUGGCUCCCGACGACCACCGCCGAGGAGGCUGAAGUGCCGUCGAAGGCCAAGAAGCUGACCCUCAUCCCCCUCAUCUUCCUGAUCUACUUCGAGGUCGCCGGGGGCCCAUACGGAGAGGAGCCUGCCGUCCAGGCGGCUGGCCCGUUCCUGGCCCUUAUCGGCUUUGUCAUCUUCCCCUUUAUCUGGUCUGUCCCGGAGGCCUUGAUAACUGCGGAGCUCUCCACCACUUUCCCCGGCAAUGGGGGGUUCGUGAUAUGGGCCGAGCGGGCCUUCGGGCCCUUCGCCGGGUCCCUGAUGGGCACGUGGAAGCUCCUCAGCGGCAUCAUCAACAUCGCCUCAUUCCCCCUCCUCUGCAUCGAAUACAUGAAGAAGCUCUUCCCGGUCUUCUCCUCCGGCCUUCCCCGGAACUUAGGCAUCCUCUCCUUCACCCUCGUCCUCUCCUUCCUCAACUACCUUGGCCUCAGCGUCGUUGGCUACGCCACGGUAGUGUUGGGGGUCGUGUCCCUCAUGCCAUUCAUCCUCAUGUCCGCCAUCGCUAUCCCCAAAAUCAGGCCAAACCGGUGGCUCAGCCUCGGGGAGAAGGGCGUGAAGAAGGACUGGACCCUCUACUUCAAUACCCUCUUCUGGAACCUCAAUUUCUGGGACUGCGUCAGCACCCUCGCCGGAGAAGUCGACCGGCCCCAGAGGACCUUCCCAAUGGGUCUGUUCUGCGCUGUCGUCUUCACCUGCGUGGCCUAUCUGAUCCCGCUCUUUGCUGUAACGGGCUCGGUCUCCGUGGGCCAGUCCAAGUGGGAGACAGGCUUCCACGCAGAGGCUGCCGAGAUGAUCGCAGGCAAGUGGCUCAAGAUCUGGAUAGAGGUCGGGGCAGCCCUCUCUGCGAUCGGCCUGUUCGAGGCCCAGCUCAGCAGCUGCGCGUUCCAGAUACUCGGGAUGGCCGAACUCAGGAUGAUCCCGAGCUUCUUUGGGGCCCGUUCGAAGUGGUUCAACACCCCAUGGGUCGGCAUCCUCUUCUCCGUCGCCGUAUGCAUCCCAAUGUCGUACAUGAAAUUCGAGGACGUGGUCGGGUCCGCAAACCUCCUCUACAGCCUCGGGAUGCUGCUGGAGUUCGCAUCCUUCCUGUGGCUGAGGUGGAAGAUGGCGCACAUCAAGCGGCCCUACCGGGUCCCACUGGGGCUCCCGUGGCUCAUAGUGAUGUGCCUCAUCCCGGCGGGGUUCCUAAUACUGAUCAUGGUGUUGGCGACCAAGGUGGUGUACAUGGUGGCAGGGUUGAUGACGGUCGGCGGGAUCGGGUUCUACUUCUUGAUGAACCUCUGCAGGUCCAGGAAGAUCUUCAGGUUCAGUGAUGGAGGAGGAGACGACGGAGUAGUGGAGGAAGGCUGAACACAUGAUUAUCUGAAUCAUUACGUAUGUUAGCAAUAUAAUUCUUAAGCACCAAAGGAAAGAUGCAUUUGCUGCGUCUUAUUGUCGUAUAUAAACUAUUUGUAAAUGACAUAAUAAAUAUUAGUCGUCUGCAGAUUUUGGCUUUUUUUUUUAAUAUCAA